CGGCGCGGCCGGGCCGGGCUUUGAGCGGGGAAGUUUUGCAGGGGGCUGCAUUCGCAGCAGCGCCGUGUUUGCAAAUAUUGAGCCCGCUCCUGCGCCAGGGUCCUCCGCCGGCCGCCUCGGGAAAGCCGUCCUUUGCCUUUGCCGUGCGAUUAAACUUUGCAUGAAACUUCGGGUCUUUUUUCCUCCCUAAGCUCCUCAAGGAAUUAAUAUAUAUAUAUCUCCAAAUAUAUAAAAUAAUUUUUAUUUUUUAUUUUUUAAUAUUUUUUUCUUCUUCUUCUCUGGAAGGAAGAGUUGGGGGGGUGGGGGCUUGGAAACUGAGAGCUGAGGUUUUUGACACCCCCCCGGCACACCCCCGUCGCACAUAAAGGAGGCAUCUCGUGGUGUUUUUGGUAACCAGCAGUGACUUUUGUUGUUGCAACUUGAGCCAUGGAUGUGCUCCCCAUGUGCAGCAUCUUCCAGGAACUCCAGAUUGUGCACGACACGGGGUACUUCUCAGCCUUGCCGUCCCUGGAGGAAUAUUGGCAACAGACGUGUUUGGAGCUGGAACGGUAUCUUCAAAGCGAACCCUGUUACGUAUCUGCAUCUGAAAUCAAAUUUGAUAGCCAAGAGGAUCUUUGGACCAAAAUUAUUCUGGCACGUGAGAAAAAGGAGGAAUCUGAACUGAAGAGCACAUGUGUCCCAAAAGAGGACAGCCCUACUAGUCAGAACUUAGAGACCAACAGUUUGAAUUCUGACGUGAGCAGUGAAUCUUCGGACAGCUCCGAGGAGCUCUCACCCACGACCAAGUUUACCUCUGACCCUAUAAGCGACGUUUUAGCCAGUUCAGGAAACUUGAGUUCAUCUGUCACUUCCACUCCCCCUUCGUCUCCUGAGCUGAGCAAGGAGCCUUCUUCCCAGCUAUGGAAUUGUACGCCGGGUGAGUUGCAUUCACCGGGGAAAAUUCGUACCGGUACCGCUGGAAAGACUGCAGAAAAAGGUACACCCGCCAAUGGUGACACCUCGCCAGAUGGCAGAAGGCGUGUUCACAGGUGUCACUUUAACGGUUGCAGGAAAGUUUACACCAAAAGUUCACAUCUGAAAGCACAUCAGCGCACUCAUACAGGGGAAAAGCCUUACAGAUGUUCAUGGGAAGGGUGUGAGUGGCGUUUCGCAAGAAGUGAUGAAUUAACCAGACACUUCAGAAAGCACACUGGUGCCAAGCCUUUUAAAUGUAGUCACUGUGACAGGUGUUUUUCCAGGUCCGACCACCUGGCCCUUCACAUGAAGAGACACCUCUGAGUGGGUUACAACAUGAAUCCUGUGGGCUAAGAGGCGUCAAGGUUGAAGAGCCUUGAGCGGAGGGAUGCGUGUUCCAGCCAAAGCAUGCCAUUUUGCACCCUACCCAGUUGCCUCCAGGACCUCUCUUCCUUGAAGGUCUUUUGAGGGCUAAUAAGUCAUGUAAGAAACGGCAUAGCAACCGCGGUGCAUGAUGUUUGGGGUUUCCUGGACUCAUACACUGGUAUCUAACCUUCUGAGUGGCUCCUAAGCCUUUUGCCGUGAGCAUGUGCACUGAGAAUGUCAAUGAUUGGGCGACUGUGUGCUAUGAGGAUCUAUUGACGACUGUAUGCUGAGGCACAUUUUUUUUCUUGUGGUUGUUUUAUAACUGUAAGAGAAAAAAAAUAGUCUGAAUGUCUUGUAUGUGAGGAAUAUCUUGUGAGAUGGGACGACCACCAAUCAUUUCCAAGGGGUGGGGGGAGGGGUGUCUGCACCUUUUUCAAGAGAAAAUGGAGAGGGGAAGGGGGGAAUAAAAAGAGUCAGAAUGCCCGAAUGGAGAUGGGGACCUCCCCGUUCCUGUGUGAGAGGAGCUUUAGGUGUCUGGUGCAGCUAUUAAACGUGCAAUGUGUCAAGUAGCUUGUUUUACUUGCUACAGAGCUCAUUUGUAAUCCAUUGUAUAAGCUGUGUAUUUACAAAUGUAACACAACUAUAACUUUUCAUUAUAAUACAAAGGUUAUUGCAUGGUUCUGGGGAACUAUAUGCUUUUCCAUUCUUUAAUCAGGACUGCAGUUUUGAUUCCAGUUAAGAGCAGCUAAAAUACAAUUGGUUUAAUGUUACAUAAUGUAUGGAACAUGAAUAAUUUUUUCUGUUGGGUGGAUAAAACCACUAUUGGUUAGAAACUGAUUUUUCUCAUGCAGCUAAUUUUUCUCUUAUUUAUGCCUUGAGGACUAACUUCUGGUUUUCUAGCUGUUAAUGCACUGUUGACCUUAAUAAUGGUGCCUUAUGCAAGUGACCUUCUCUUGUAGGGGGUCUUAUACAGGGGUAUGGGUGAUGCAUGCUUUAUUAAGGCUCUCUUUUCACCUGGCAUUGUACUGUAUCAAAUGUAUAAUAUGAGGGGAAAAAAAGGUUACUUCCAGGGUCCUCCUUCACAAAGACAAAUAUAGAGAAAAGUCAUUCAUGUCAGUACAGUAUUUGUUUAACUUAGACAAUUUGACUGUGUUACAGUAUAAUGCAUAUGCCAAUUAAAUACCUGACCAGUUCUGCCACCUUGAGACUUUUUUUAUAUUGACCUUGCACAACAACUGUGUAUAUACACACCCCAACUGUACUUAAUAUGUCAAGUUUUCAUACAUAUUAAAGAUACAGAAGUAUUAAAAGAUGUAUUUGCUUAAAAGGCACAAGUUCCACAUCUAUAUAUCUAGCUAUCUGUUGGUCAUACAGAAAGAAACUAUAUUACUUUUUUUUUAAAAAAGCGGGCAGAAAAAUAAUUGUGUAUGUAUAUUUGUGUGUACAGUCUGUGUAUGUGUGUAUAUAUAUAGAUAAUAUAUAAAUAUUUUUUUUAAAAGGAAAAAAAUUAGAACACAUAGCUAGAAAAUGCCACAGCCCGUUAAAAUAUCCCCUCCCCCCCAGUAUGGUCAUUAAGGAGACAAAGAAAUGAAAGAUACAGUUAGUAAAAUCUAGCAUUUUUAGAGGCUUUACCUUUAGCUUAAUGCUAAAGGCUUUGUUGGCAUUCAGUUCUUCUCAGAGUGCUGACUGUGUUUUGUAGUUAUUAGGUUGUCUGGAGUAGCGUAUCUGUGGCCAUUUAAGAAUGAUAUGAACCGAGUAUUGGCAUGCUAAAAGAAUAUUAGCUGUGUGCAGAUGACGUACACUCAUAUUUUGGCCUUCCGGCUUAUGGGAGGACCUGUGAGUGAGCUAGUUGUUGUGGUGGUUGAGCUCUAAUUUUGCAUAGUUCAGCUAAAAUAAAGACUGUUUUUUCCUAGAAUAGAAAUAGUCUGUCCAAAAGCAGUAUUUUUUUUUUUUUUUUAAAACCAGCUCACUACAGUUGAUGCAAUGAAACACGUGAUCUGUUUCUUUUUUCUAUUUAUUAUUGGUCUUGCUUACUAUGCUAAUAUUUUGAUAUAUCUUCCUGGAAAUGUAUGUAGAUAAGUGGUUUAGGAAAAAGUAUAUGCAAGUGAUCUGGUUCUAAGGAACACGCAGGCUUAAAUCAUUCUCAUUUCAUUUUUGUUUUAAAUUGCCUGAAAAUGCACUUUCCCCCCCCCCCAAAAAAAAAAAGGAGAAAUGGAUUUUUAUUUUGGUGUGUUUUUUUUUUUUUUUUUUUUUUAAAACUCCUUGUUUGCAAUGUCCUUGGCUUAGCCAUACUUCUGAAAAAUAAGAAAGUAAACAAAAGCGGAAAAGAAAUAACCCCAAACAAACAACAACAACAAAAUUAAACUUGCACUGGCUUGUCUCAAUUGUGAAAUACCAUCAGACUUGUGUGGAUGGGGUGGGGCUGUGUGCCAUAUGUCAAAUGCCUGUAAUUUUCUUAAUAAGCAAGUACAUUUUGUUCAGGUGAUAACUGAGCCUCAAUCAAGCUGAAAAAUAAAAAAUAAAAAUAAAAAAAAAAAACAUUUUUGCUUGAAAUUUAAGAAGAAAAAGUUUCUAUUAGUGAAAUUUCUUUUUUUGUUUUUGAAGCACCCUGUUAUCUAAAGAAUCUCUUUGUAAGAUUUUUGUAAAAAUUUUGUUUUACAAGAUUUUAUUUGAAAUUGUUUUUUGCAAGAUUGUUAUAUUUCUGUAUGAAUGUAUUUUUUAUUGGAAUAACAUAAAAAGAAAUUCUUAUCAG